UCUAUUAGAUGACGUCACCGAUGGCUGGCAUCCCCAUGAAAAGAUCGUAUUCUUAUAAACGAGCGAGUGUUCUGUUCACACUGAAGCUGCGAUGGUUUGUAGAGUAACACAUUGGAUAUUUUAGAAGGCAUCAUUUUAUCAAAUCAACGGAUAAACGCUUUCCUCCAAGAUGGAAGACAACCGACCAGCAACAGCAGCUCAGGGUCUAGUGGAGAACGUGAUCAAACAGGAAACCGAUAUUAUACCGGUAAUUGACGAAGCCGGUGAAGGUGCUCACUCAGAUCUCUCAACUACACCAUUGUCCCCCUGCCAACAGCAAGGAGUCACAGGACACAUGGUAAUGGCCAACCAGGACACAUUUGUCCCAGAACUGUCUGGAUCUGAGACAGAUCUUCCUCAUCCAUCGGCAUUCAAUCUAUUUAGACCAAGGGAUGUUGCGGAUGUUGUAUCCAUGGAGACUGAUCCCCUUGAAGCUCCACAAGGCCCUCUGAUGGAAAGCCAUGACCUCUCAGAGAUUGAACACGUUGCCGAGCAGGAGUUGGAACAUCAUUGGUUACAUAGUCGCCAUGGUAAUGCUGUACCUUCACCUCAGCCUGGCAAUAAUUUUACAAUAAACUCAAUACUUAGGAAUGAUCCAUUUAUUGGCGGGGAUGUUAGUGAGAACUUAUUUGAUACUUUGGCUGAAGGCGAUGGCUUGUUCAUUCCAGAGACAGGGUCAAAUGGUACAACUUCUGGUCACUUUGCUUCGCCAGACAUCAUCUUGAACUCUGACCUCAAUCCAGUUGUCUCCGUUCGGCCUGGAAAAAGAGAAAGGCAAAAGAUCUCACGGUCAUCGGGUCAAAUGUCAAUGGGCUUUAGUGACAGGUAUUCCACAUAUGAGAAAACGAAAGCAAAGACGCAUAAAAAUCCACGCCACUCGGACGUUUAUUUAAGUGAAGAUAAUCGUUCAGAACAUUAUGGACUGGGAAAUACUGAAUCUUUAAGAAAUCGUGAACAUGGACACAACAGGCAUAAGAAAGGGGGAACAAAGCGGCAAAAAUCUGAGUCAGCAACCUUCACAACAAAUAAAUACGAGGAACUGCAAAGGAUGAAUGAGUAUGAUGCAGACGACGAUUCAGAUGUGGAUGUGCUCAGCCUUGAGGAUGAGUCAACGGGUAGGACGUCAGGUGCUAGCAGAGGAAGGCUACGGGAGGAGACAGGUGGUAAUGAUGAUGUGGUGGAGAUAAUUGAUGACCUACUUGCUGGGCCAAGUGGAAUUUGUGAACAGGUUCCCAGUCGUUAUGAAGUGGUCCUUUCAAGUUCAUCCGACAGCGAUGAUGUCCAGGUUGUCCAAGUUACUCCAGCUGUCAGGUAUGUGCAAAAAUGCAAAAACAAGAAACAAGUGAAGUCGUCUGUCAACAAGCGACAGCAGACCGCCGCAGAUGCAGAGUCAUCGAGCGCUGAAGUUGUGGCUGUGUCAGAGGUCGAUCCAUUACCGCAGAGACAUCCGACCAUGGUGGUUGAUCUCACCGAAUCGGAUGAAGAUGGUCAUACUAGAAACUUAGCAACAGAUUGUCCAGCAGAGACCACAAGACCAACCAGAGAUCCUUGCCUCUGUAUUGGUAGCCGUAGCUGUCGACAUCCCUCCGACCCUAUAGACCACUCAAACCGUCAGAAUGGAUAUUUUAUACCACCGUCGGUAAUUCACCGGCCGAGCUGUAGGUAUCAGACAAGAAACGUGCCAAAUCCACUGAUUCAGGCCGCAGCAGGAAGGGGAAAGAGCCAGCCUGUAUCUUUAGAAGAUCCGUUCGCUGAUAACGCCAUGCAUCAUUCGUCAAGGGGUCCACAAACACACCACCAUGCACAUCCACAGACCAGCAACCGUGCAACCUGUCAUUUAUCUCAAGGGUGCAACAGGCAAACCAUUCCUCAUCACCACCGUACCUGUCACAUUGGUACCUUCCAACCAGGUCCCGGUGUGCAUAGCGCUAACCAACCCUUGAGGCCUUCACCGUACCAUCCGGUACGUUUACCAAGGAACCAUCUGUACCAGUACCAUCAUGGUCUGUCAACAGAUCAAUCUGCACCGGCACCAGCAGCAACUUCCCAGCAAUCUUGUCAGAACUCUACCAGCCAAGUUGACUCUCAGCCGCAAUCAUCGUCCUGCCAACACCGGUAUGACUCAACUCUCAACCAGAAUCCCCAAGACGAUGUUAUACACAUGUCUCCGAGGCUGUACCAUGUUCCGCAGACCAACUACCAGGGAGUUCAGCCCCAGCAACAGGGUCAUAGUCACCACUAUCCUAGGCCUAGACACAUCCACAAUCAGCACCCUAUUACCGAGAUACACCUUCCACAGCAGACCCCCCAGAUGCAACUCAGACAUCAGCAGCUGUUCCACCAACAGAUGUACAACAGAGAACGCGAUCGACGUUGUCUUGUUAACUACUCUUACAGACGUGCAGGUACACGACAUGAUCCGGUACUAGUGAUACCAAGACCAAUGGGGCAGGAUCCACCAAGGGAAGAGGUUGAACAGACAACUGCAAUAAUGGAUGGAUACCAACACCAGCAUCGUCAUCUGCAUCACCACAUGCAUCACUACCACCACGGCACUGGAGGGGUCAGACACCACCCUAUUCUCCCAAUGGAAUUUUCAAAUAACUCAAUCUCUGUUAGAGAAGCCACGUUAAUGACAGCCAAUCACAAUAAUGGCAUCGUUUAUCGCAUACAUAGGCCAAAUUUUAAUACCCUGCUUCAUGCGGGAGAUCCCAGAGGAUUGCCAAAUCGAGGAGCACCAAAGACGGUCAUUGAAAAGGUUACAUUCCCAUACGAAUACAGAAAGGUAAAGAAAAGGAGUAGAAGCGAAAACACAGAUGAAAACACAGAAACAGAGGAAGCAGAUAAGGAGGAAAAUUCAGAAGAUCAAGGAGAAAAAUGUGCAAUAUGUUUGUCAUACUAUGAGGAGAAAGAAGGAGUUAGGAGGUUACCAUGUAUGCAUCUCUUCCAUAUUGAUUGUGUUGACCAAUGGCUAAUGUCCAAUAAGCGCUGUCCCAUUUGCCGAGUGGAUAUUGAAACACAAGUGCAACCAAAGGUAGAAUGAAAAAUAAAGGACUAAACAUGACAACAUAUUUCUAGAAAACAAUGUCACAUAUCUAUUAUGGUUUCCAUAUUUGGUACUUAUGGAAUCAAUACUGAACAUUAGGUGCGAGCAUGGAAUUAGAAGAGUUGAAAACAGAACAUGAUUACCAAUGACUGCAGAGUUUUUGAGAAGAUCCCUGCAUGCAGUGGCCGUCUGUAAUUUGCAAUGCAUUAGAAGGAAACAACAGAUUCAGGUCGCAAUGAGUGCAGCAUUGUUAAGUGAGGUAUUUCAUCAGCAGUGCCUAUUGUGGCAGACGCGUCAAAUGAGUGCUGAUUUGGAAAAUUACCUUGUAUAACAUACAGCGGCUGUAGAAUACCUUCAGCACAAAAAUUGGAGUUUAAUAUGGUUGCCAUAGAGAAGUAAAAUCACAAGUGAAGUCUAUUGUAGAUGAGAGAGCAGGAAUAUGAAUCAUGUAAAUCUUCACAUUAUGUGGCAUCACAUGUUUCUCAUAAUAAAAAUUGUUUUUUGUCAAUAUAGUAACCAUGGUAAUAAUUUGAUUUUACUUGAAAAAAAAAAAUUAUUCAUAAUGCAUAAAUAUUUGUGAAAUGCAUAAUAUGCGAUUGUGUUUUUAUUUAAUGACGUUAGCUAUAUAUUGUUAUUGCUUAAUCAUGUCAUAUCUGAAUAUUUUUGCUCCAAAAAGAGCAAAUCCAGAUGAGAUGAAUAAUGUUUCAAUUUAAUGAGGGUAUUAUUAAAAGUAUAUUCUACAACAGUGUGUUUUCUUGUGGUUGUUGCUAUAAUGGCAGCCUUGCAAUUAGAAGGGCAUUGGUUACUUUGCUCAUUUUAGUCAUUUUAACUAAUUAUGUAUAUUUUUUAUCCAUGGUGAUGUUUUUCAAAAUGUAUUGCAAGAUCAUUCAGCUGUAGAUAGUGAUGCCCUUCCAACAGAUCAUGUGCUCACUGGCUUACUAAUUGUCUACUUUUAACUUAUUUUCACUAGAAAAGACAUUACUAUGUUUAGCUUAACCUUUCUUGUAUUUAUCUUUGCUUUAUUGUUUGUUAAAUUCUAAUAUAUUUUUUUUAAUAUGUAUUUAUAACUUUCGUUUUAUAGAAUUGCAGGAAUACUGUAAAUACAAAAUAUCCGAAGUUUCCAUAUAGUUACAAAUUUCAAAUAUCACUCCAAACAAAACUAUUCUACAAAACAGUACACAGUGAUUAAUUAAUUAAAUAAUGUAUUUUUUAAGUUAUAAUUAGAAGCUUAUCAAGUUAUCUGAUCUGUCACAGGGCUUAGCAAUGCCCUAUAAACUAAGUAUCAUUAAGAAACUUCAGGAUUAAUGGAGUGGAACUCUUUUUUAGUUUUGAGAAGAAAUCAUGGUUUCAUACAGAACUUAAGUCCUUGGAUUGGUUGUAAGAUUAAUUUGUCUUUGCUUGGUUAACUGUUGCAGUGUUACCCUUAAAUUUAUUUCCCUGGAGAGUCAUAUUAGCUUAAUGUAACAUAACUUAAAAUUAAUUAGAACACCAAGAAUUAUGUAGAAACAGAGUUCAAUAUGAAUAAUUCCAAUAGUCAGGAUGAUAGGCGUUACUUGUACAGGCAAUUUGGACUGAACAAAACUCAAGUCCCAUGCGAACUUCAACCAACCACGUUCAUCCAAAUUGUUCAUAUGCAAAUUGAGUAAUUACUAGAAAUUACCCUUUUUACCUUAUGUUAGUCAGCUUGUAAUCAUAACAAGCUAGAAUUUAAUUUCAUGUUUCAAAAUUAACUACGUGAUGCAAAUCCCUUAGCGCCUGGAAUGUAGCCUUCGUCAUAGUCAUCACAUAUUCUCUCUCCGUUGCAUUAGCAAUCAUUAAUUCUCAUCAAGUAAUUACUUCAGGGGAUGAAUCGUCUCUGAGAGUGUGAAUAUGUGAUGUGAGAAACCAGCAAUCUACUGCUCAUCAAUUUUCGCACAUGAGUUUUCAAAAAUAGUCUUAAUAUAACAAGCUUUUGAGUAAAGACUAAAUUCUCAGCAUGUAUUUUUUUUCCACUUGAAUUACAAUGAUUGUGGUUUUACCAAAGAUAAUAAAUAGCAGAAGAUAAAGCAGCUUCCCCAAUAUAAUGGAACGUCCGUUCGAAAGGCAUUGUGGGUUCACGGAGAGCAAUUUUACUACGUCCGCGCGGUGGCGCUAUAUAGCAAUAAUAAAGGCGCCGCUCUGGUUCAUUUGUUUCCUGUAGUUUCUCCACUUAGUAAAAUGGUCAAAUUUUGCCCCAUUCGCAGGAGGGCAGAUGUUCCAUCAAUUUUAAUACAAAUACGUGGAGCAGCGCAUUCUUCUGCUAUUUAAGUUCUUUGGUUUUACCCAUCACAGACGUCUUUCAUUAAACUUGAUCACUUUCAUGUUCUCUUGAUCGAAAGCUUCAGGGAUUAUUAUUUGGCAGUUGUGAUUAAAAACUUGUUGCCGAUAAUGUGUUCCCUUAAAUUCCUCGCACACUUUAGAAGAUUGGAUUCUCUAGCUUUUCUUAAGGUGGAAGCAUAACGCCCACAAUAGAAAUUAUAAAAUUCCAUUAAAUUUACAAUAUAUGGAUCCGUAUAAUAACGUAGUUAUCUUAUCAAAUAAUACAAUUAAUAAACUGUAUAUUUCACAGAAACAAGAAAUUAAUUUUAUCAGUCUGAUGUAUGUGGAUUUGAUCUUUUUUCAUAUUCAUAUCUGUACGCUCCAUAGACAAACAGACAUUGACGUAUUAUUUUUUUAUUUACCGUUGUUAAUAUGUGGUAGUGGGGGCAGUGUGACUAUGGCGUUAUUGUCGCAGUGUGGUACUGUAUAGUUGUUAUCUCUAUCUUAUCUUUUUUUAUAUGUUAUCAAAAUUAUUAUGACCCUUUUGAUUUUUUUAAGUGACUACAUGUCGUUCGAGUAAUUUAGUGUAUAUUUUGUGGUUUAUGAACUAUUGCAGUUCGAAUCCAUUUUAAAUUUAACCAUUCUGGUUAGGUAUAUGGCAACAAAAUCAUAAUUUUAAUCAUCACACUUUGUAAGAAUCAUUGUUACCUGUUGGGUGAAAAAUGUUUUUUGAUACGUCGUCUCCUGUGUUACGUACAAUGUCAUUGUUGUUUGAAAGUGGUACACACUGCAGCGGUUGUCAAAUUUGUUAUUAGGGAGUUUUCGAUAUGCGUAAUGACGCGAAUCUAGAACGUUCCUACGUUCUCUGCACAACGUCGAUUUGGUCAAACUGAGUCCUAGAAUCCACACGAUGAGGAGAACUUGCCAUUCUCGCAUGCGCAAAUGAAAUAUUAAUGACAUCCUUACGUUUUAGAUUCUACCACGUCGUGCCAUCGAAAGCUCCCUAAUGGUUUGUCUGAGUGCUUGCCCAAUGCACUGCAAAACCACUGACCAUCUGUGAUAGUCUAAAGCAGAUAGUUGUUAAUAUACUUCAUAAAUAUUAAUUUGGUAAUAACAACAUCUCUUGUGCAUGCCAAUUUUAUGCAGACACGGAGAAAAAAAAUACUACCCAAAAUUGACUACCGCACCUCCAGCUAUAUGAGCUGUAUGCAAACAGUGUAAUUUUACACUCAUAGUUCCAAAUGGCUAAUGUAACUAGAUCCGAUGCAGGAUUUGGCUGUAGGGGGUGCGUGAGAGUCCAUACCACCUCAGCCGCACCAUGGUUGGGGCUGAGGUUGAGGUGUGAACAUUUUGAGAAAGUGGACCUCUAGGUGCCCAGAAAUUGCUCUAUCAUUGCGAUUGCACUGUCUGCAACCCCCUGCAUCCAACCCAGUGUAAAAAGGCAGUUUGCUGCCUAAUAUUUAUGAAGUAUAUAGUAAAACAAAUACAACAAAGUAUUAUUUUGGUAAAGCAAUGAAUUCUACCUCAGUGUUGGAUGAUUUUAAACUACUUCGUCAGAAGGUAGUUCCACUCAUCCAACACCUCGAGAAGUAGAAGUAAUUAUUUCACCUCAAACCAUGUUGUAUUCGAGUCAUGCAGUGCAUCCAGGGCUGCCAAGAGGGGAAACUGUAACAGGGGCAAGGGUUGGUAUGGGCCCCCAAUUACGCCAAAGGCGCAACAAAUUUUUUGGUGGGCCCUGUCAAUCUGGAGGGGCCCAUUAUUAGGGGACCCAUGUCAUUAUUGAGGGCCCAUGAUAGUAAUUAUUAUUUUUGAAAAAAAUAUUGAAAAAAAAAAAUGCUACCUGCAAUUUCUAUGUUCCCCCUGGUAAGCUUGGGCCCCAGAGAUCUUCCCCUUCUCGGUUGUACUGAAUGCAUCAUCACAACAUAUGGCAUUGUGUAAGUUUAACUAUUCAACUGUAGCUCUUUAGUUUUUGAGAAAGUAGUCACAUCAGGUGAAACUGGAGGUAAAACAUAAUGUCCUUUAAACCAAAUAUAGGAAUCACUGUUGCGAAAAAAAAUUUCAUUUUUUUAUUUUUAUUUAUAUUUUUUUUUGUAGACAAGAGUAGGCUGAUACUACCAAUAUGUUGAGCUUACAUGUAGGCAUGAAACCUGAGAUCUAUAGACUCCCUUGUUUGUAGUAUGGUCUUCGGUUUCUAGUACAACGGUUGAAAAUAAUCAUGUGAUGCUGUAGUGCUACAUUGAUGCAUACAUUGCAUCGUAUGCAAGUCUUAUUAUUGCAGCCAAAAACCAGCUUUUACUAGAUUCAGGGGGCGGAUCCAAGGAUGUCC